AUGGCGAGCUUGGAGCCAUGGCUGGAGUUGGAAAACAAGGUCGUGAUGGUGACCGGUGCGUCGUCGGGGCUGGGUCGGGAGUUCUGUUUCGACCUAGCCAAAGCCGGCUGCAGAAUUAUAGCCGCUGCCAGACGAAUUGACCGUCUGAAAUCACUCUGCAAUGAGAUCAAUAACGGUAUCGCUUCCUCCCGAUCAAAUGAUCCGAGCAACGAUCAAGUCAGAGCCGUGGCUGUGGAACUAGACGUGUGCGCCAGUGGACCAACCAUUGAAGCUUCUGUGCAAAAGGCUUGGGAUUCGUUCGGAAGAAUCGAUGCUUUGAUCAACUCUGCUGGUGUUAGAGGUCGUGUGCACACUCCAUUGGAUUUGUCCGAGGAGGAAUGGAACCAGAUCAUGAAAACAAACCUAAAUGGAACCUGGCUGGUAUCGAAGUAUGUUUGCACGAGAAUGCGAGAUACAAAACAGGGGGGAUCUGUCAUUAAUAUCUCCUCCAUUACUGGUCUUCGCCGUGGUCAACUACCUGGAGCCCUUGCCUAUGCUUGUUCAAAGGUUGCUGUUAACAUCAUGACAGAGGUUAUGGCCAUGGAAUUGGGAGCGUUCAAAAUAAGAGUGAACUCAAUAGCUCCUGGGAUAUUCAAGUCUGAGAUAACUCAAGGACUCAUGAAAAAAGAUUGGCUGAAAACUGUCACUUUCAGAACCGUGCCUUUAAGAACUUUCGGGACCGCUGAUCCAGCAUUGACAUCACUUGCGCGAUACUUAAUCCACGAUUCCUCUGAGUAUGUCACGGGCAAUAUUUUCAUUGUCGACUCGGGAGCCACUUUACCAGGUGUCCCAAUUUUCUCCUCUCUUUAG